AAUUUCCCCGCCAUUUGCUUCCCUUCAUUUCUCUCUCUUCCCCUAUCGCUAGGGCUCCGUCUUCCUCUCUCUUUCUCUCUCCUCUGGUCCUCUGUAAACUGUGCUCCGGCUUACGAAUUCGACCACGAUUUCCAUUUCUUCUAGCUUUGGACUCUUCAUGCUCUUGCUGUGUGGAUCGUGCUCUCUCCGGUUCUCUUAACGAUGAGUUUGCCGCCGUUCGCUUCUGCCUCUGCCUCUGGCUCCGGUCUCCGUGGUAUCGGCUUGUCCAAUACUAUUCACUCCGAGGUUGCUCCUUGCUUGCCUUUGCCUUCGCUUCCGGUUUCCUUCGGUGCUUCCGAGCCUGAGCUUCGACUCUUCGAUGAGCCGGCUGGGAGCUAUGCUACUUUGAGGAGUGAUGUUCUCGCUCAGUCUAAGAAGAUCGCUGAUCUGCUUCGUGCUACUGACGUGUCUUACUUAAAUCUCAGAGAAGAUGCCAAAGUUCUUCCUGAAGGGUCUGUGGAGCCUUUUGAACUCUAUGAGGAAGUUCUUCGCUAUGAUGUUGAUGCCUUCAAGUAUAUUACUCCAGGUCCUAUUAUGGAGCACGUCUCUAGCAGUAUGGUAUCUGAUAGGAAAGUUUUUGAGCAAAAGCUACCUAUUAGAAGUCAGGUUGAAGGAGAAUCUAGAACAAUUCAAAAUCAUAAGCCUGAAUCUAUGCCAACUAAUGAUGCACCAAUAUCAUCUUCUAGAAAAGUAAAAGUUAAGAAGAAAGGCAGAGAUGAAAUGUCUUCUGUUAGAACAGAUUCUUCUGAGCUUCAAGACACCACCCUCGCAAACUUUUGCAAGUUCUUAGAGGACUUCUGUGGCAGAGCUGAAAUUAUCAGUGAUGAUCGUGAUGAAUCAGAGUGGCUGGCUCUGCCUCUUACUGAUCUAAGAGUGCUUGUCAAUGAAAUAAUGUCCAUUCGUUCAAAGAAACUUCUUCAUUUGGUUUCUCUAGAUAGCCUGACAAGGCUGUUGAAGGUUUUAGAUCAUCAGAUACAUAGAGCAGAAGGAUUGUCUGUUGAAGAAUGUGAACAUUUAGAUUCAGAUGCAGUUGCAACUAUCUUUUGUGCUUUGGAGUCCAUACAUGCAUCUCUUGCAGUAAUGGCUCAUGACCAAAUGCCAAAGUUGCUUUAUAAAGAAGAGAUCAUAGAGAGAAUUCUGGAGUUCUCCCGGCAUCACAUAAUGGAUAUUAUGUGUGCUUAUGAUCCUUCAUAUCGUGCGUUGCAUAAAGCCAGUGAAAAUGGUGUGUUUGAAGUCAAUGAAGAUGAAGAACUUGAUGGUGACUAUGGUUCAUCGAGUAAGAAGCGUCGUGGUGUUAAGACUUCUAAAAUCAGGAAACCUACAUUCAACAAGGUAUCUACUGCUGUUAAUACUAUUCUUCAGAAGAUGUGCACCAUUCUUGGUUUACUUAAGGAUUUAUUGCUGAUAGAGAGGUUACCAGAUAGCUGUAUUCUUCAAUUAGUGAAAACAAGCUUUUCUACUUUUUUGGUGGACAAUAUUCAGCUCUUGCAACUUAAGGCAAUUGGUUUAAUUUGUGGGAUAUAUUAUUCGUAUACACAACAUCGUAAUUAUUUGAUAGAUGAAUUAGUUCAGAUGCUCUUCAAAUUACCAUCCACGAAGCGGGCUUUAAGAGCGUAUCACUUACCUGAUGAAGAACAACGGCAAAUUCAAAUGAUUUCUGCCCUAUUGAUUCAACUGGUACAUUAUAGUGCAAACCUUCCUGAAGCUUUGAGGCAAGCAUCAGACAGUAAAUCCAUCCUUGAAGUUUCAGUUGAUAGUAGUUGUCCUACCAAAUGCCAUGAAACAGCUACGGAGGCAUGCUGUCUUUUCUGGACUCGUGUACUACAGCGCUUUGCUAAUGUGAAGACUCAGGAUGCAUCUGAAGUGAAAGUAAUGAUGGAAAAUAUGGUUUUGGAUCUACUAACAACAUUAAAUUUACCCGAAUAUCCUGCAUCAGCCCCUAUUUUGGAGGUUCUAUGUGUGUUAUUACUUCAGAAUGCUGGACUGAAAUCUAAAGAUGUCUCUGCUCGUUCUAUGGCCAUUGACUUUCUUGGCAUGAUUGCUGCAAGAUUGAAACGUGAUGCUGUCAUUUGUGCCACAGACAAGUUUUGGAUAUUGCAAGAGUUGGGCAAUAAGGAGGAUGUUGCUGAUGAGAGUUAUCCUAAAGAUGUCUGUUCUAUAUGCUUGGAUGGCAGGGUAGGAAAGUAUUUCUUUGUCUGUCAAGAUUGCCAGAGGUUGUUUCAUGCAGAUUGCAUUGGAGGAAGGGAAAAUGAAGUUCCUAACCGGAGCUGGUACUGUCAAAUUUGCCACUCGAGGAAACAACUUCAGGUAUUACAAUCAUAUUGCAAAUCCCAAUGUAAAAAUGAUGGUGAGAAGAGCAAAGAUUGGUCAGAUAAAGAAUCCAAAGUUUCGUGGCUUGUCACAAACAUUGAAAUUGUUCAGCAGUUGCUUCUGAAUUAUCUCCAGGAAGUUGGUUCUUCAGAUGAUGUUCAUCUAUUUGUUCGCUGGUUUUAUCUCUGCCUGUGGUACAAAGAUGAUUCAAAAGCUGAGCAGAAGUUUAUUUACUAUCUCUCUAGAUUGAAAUCUAUGGCAAUAGUGAGGGACGGUGGCAAUACUUCCUCAUUAUUGACUAGGGAUUCAGUUAAGAAAAUCACUCUCGCACUAGGACAAAAUAAUUCCUUCUCUAGAGGUUUUGAUAAGAUCCUUCACAUGCUUCUGGCAAGUUUAAGGGAAAAUUCUCCGGUAAUUAGAGCCAAGGCUUUACGAGCGGUCAGUAUUAUAGUUGAAGCUGAUCCAGAGGUAUUGGGAGACAAACGUGUCCAAUUGGCUGUUGAAGGAAGGUUUUGCGAUUCUGCAAUAUCUGUCAGAGAAGCAGCUUUGGAACUUGUUGGCAGGCAUAUUGCCUCCCAUCCUGAUCUUGGUUUCAAGUAUUUUGAUAAGAUUGCUGAGAGAACCAAAGAUACUGGAGUUAGUGUGAGGAAACGUGCCAUCAAAAUCAUUCGAGAUAUGUGCACAUCAAAUGCAAACUUCUCGGAAUUUACCAGGGCAUGCAUAGAGAUAAUCUCUCGAGUUGGUGAUGAUGAAUCAAGUAUUCAGGAUCUCGUUUGUAAGACAUUUUAUGAGUUCUGGUUUGAGGAGCCUUCUGGUUCACAAACUCAGUUCUUUGGAGAUGAUAGCUCUGUUCCAUUGGAGAUCGCCAAGAAAACCGAGCAAAUUGUUGAAAUAUUGAGGAAAAUGCCAAAUCAUCAACUACUUGUGACAAUUAUUAAGAGAAACUUAGCACUUGAUUUUUUCCCACAAUCAACUAAGGCUGUUGGCAUCAACCCUGUUUCCCUCACCUCAGUUCGCAAGCGAUGUGAGUUGAUGUGUAAGUGCUUAUUGGAAAGGAUAUUGCAGGUGGAGGAGAGAAGUAAUAUGGACACCGAGGUGCGUGCACUUCCAUAUGUAUUGGUCUUGCAUGCAUUUUGUGUUGUGGAUCCAAUGCUCUGUGCACCUGCCUCCAACCCAUCCCAGUUUGUGGUUACUCUCCAACCUUACCUUAAGACCCAGGUUGAUAAUCGAGUGGUUGCUCAAUUACUUGAGAGUAUCAUAUUCAUAAUUGAUGCGGUUCUGCCCUUGCUACGGAAGUUAUCUCCAAAUGUUUCUGAAGACCUAGAGCAAGACUUGAAACACAUGAUUGUUAGGCACUCCUUCUUGACAGUCGUACAUGCUUGCAUAAAGUGCCUUUGCUCUUUGAGUAAGGUAGCAGGUAAAGGUGCAUCGGUUGUUGGGUAUCUUAUUCAGGCGUUUUUCAAACGCUUGGAUUCUCUAGGGAUUGAUAACAAACAGAACAAACUUGAUGAAGUUGGUUGGUACAAUGUUAAGACAUCAAUUUGGAUUGUGAAAUUGCAGCUGCUAGGACGUUCACUCUUCUGUCUUGGAUUACUUAUUCGCUAUGGUAGUCCUUUGUUGAGCAAUUCCAGCAACAAGAAUGUUGAUGUCACAAAAAGUCUCAGCUUGUUGAAGAAGUACCUGGUGACGGAAGAUUUGGUUAUUAGGGUUAGAGCGCUGCAGGCUUUGGGAUUUGUUCUUAUUGCUAGGCCUGAAUUUAUGCUGGAAGAAGAUGUUGGGAAAAUUGUAGAGGAAGCAUUGUCAUCUGGUUCUGAUGUUCGUCUCAAGAUGCAAGCAUUGCAAAAUAUGUAUGAUUACCUUCUUGAUGCGGAAAGUCAAAUGGGAACAGAUCAACCAGAUGAUGGAGCUGCCCCUACUGCUGCUGUGGAUGGUGGCCCAAGUGUACCAGUUGCUGCCGGUGCCGGAGAUACCAACAUAUGUGGCGGUAUUGUUCAGUUUUAUUGGGAGAAGGUUCUAGGGAGAAGCCUAGAUUUAAAUGGCCAAGUUCGUCAAACUGCCCUCAAGAUUGUGGAAGUGGUGCUUCGCCAAGGUCUUGUUCAUCCUAUUACUUGUGUUCCAUACCUUAUCGCACUAGAAACGGACCCCCAUGAGGCAAAUGCGAAGCUGGCUCACCACCUAUUGAUGAAUAUGAAUGAGAAGUACCCAACAUUUUUUGAAAGCCGCCUGGGGGAUGGUCUUCAAAUGUCAUUUAUGUUCAUCCAAACUAUUAGUCGUUCCGACAAUGCAAAUCAAAAAAUUCAAUCCAAGGGCUCUGGCAAUUUGAAAGGCAGAUCUGAUGGCAGUUCGUUGACUCAAGCAAGACUUGGGGUUUCUCGAAUUUACAAGCUCAUACGGGGAAACCGAGUUUCGAGGAACAAUUUUAUAUCCUCCAUUGUGCGGAAGUUUGACAACCCACGCUUGAAUGACUCAAUGAUACCUUUCCUUAUGUACUGUGCGGAAAUACUUGCAUUAUUACCAUUUACAUUCCCCGACGAGCCCCUAUAUUUGAUUCAUGCUAUUAAUCGAAUAAUACAAGUAAGAGGUGGAGCACUUCAAGAAGAAAUCAAAGAAUUGGGCAUGCAUUUGGUGCAACGCAAUCCCCAGAAUUUUCAUUAUGAAAAUGGAAUGAUUCAGCCGCAACAACCUGCUCUUUUUUCUGGUAAUAUAAUUUUAUCAGAUAUGAAUGGGUCCGUGGAGCACGAUCAGUCUCGCCCUUUUUGUGAUUUUACAUCGAUGGAUUUGAAUCAGCAAAUCCCACCAGAGUCAGUUGCGCAUCAUGAAUUGAGCAAUAAUAAUAAUACAUUGGAGGGAAAAUUCCACAACAUUUGCUCAGUGGACCAGUAUAGCAUCUCAAAAGAUGACCUUCAGAAAAUUCAGACAAUGAGCCUGGCAGCUAUUGCACUGCAACUUCUUUUGAAGCUAAAGAGACAUUUAAAAAUCAUGUACAGCCUGAAUGAUGCUCGAUGCCAGUCUUUCAAUCCAAAUGAACCACCAAAACCGGGAGAGUUUCUGUCCAAGCAGAAUGUUCCUUUCGACAUCAGCGACACAUGCACCACUUUACCAACAACUUAUCAAGAGUUUAUGCAAAGAUACCAGGAUUUCAAGAGUACUCUUAGGGACGAUGCAUUCGAUUAUUCUGCAUACACAGUGAACAUCAAAAGGAAGCGACCAACCCCAAGAAAAGGACGGAAAUCUACAAUGGGUGGCGAGGACGAGGAGGAGGACGAGGAUUGGAGUGGAGGCAGGAGGUUGGGUAGCAGUGGGAGGAAAGGUAGCUAUAGCAUCCGAGGAAGUAGGCAACGGUGAUAGUUGGUGUAAGUAAAAUGUAAUGCAUAGUUUAGGCUAACUUGUACAUUAAUCAAGUGAAAUAGAAUAGGGAGAGAGGAUAGAGAAUGACGGGAGAAGAAAGAAAAGGGUUUAUUAGGCAAUCGAUUUGGAAACAGCCGAUAGGAAAAAGUUGUGGAAUAGUAUAGGGGGCUCUCCAAAAUAGCCAGUUUUUCUGUUGUUCCAUAAUCAUGUAAUUUGUUUUUGGUAAUAUCAUAUUGGUUGCAUUCUUUUGUUAAUUAAAAUUCAGCACUUUCAUUAAACAUUAGUUUCCAUAAUUUUGCUUAGGAAAUUUGUUGAUACUAGUUGGAAUGCUGCGUAUGGCAUUCUAAUAAACAAUAUGCACUUUUGGAUGUAA